UUAACCCCUCCCUUCCCAUCCCAGGCCUGGAAGCAACAAUGGCUUGUGUAUAGUUCUGAAACAAUCUUUUAUUAACUCUGUUUAAUUACAAAAGUUGUGUGUACACAUGAAACAGUCAAUGUCGAAGGCUACCUAACACUAAUACUAAAAAAUCCCUUUUAAUUUCUGGGUGUCAACCAGAGGUACUCAAAGUUCCUGACUCCACACAAGCGCUUCCUGAAAUCAUCUUUCCACUAAAUGCUGCGUUUACCUGAUCUUACCUGAGCUCUUGGCAAUCAGAACAAUGACAUACUGCAGUUGUCAGAGCGCCUCAAAACCGUUGAGUCAUUUUAAACGUGCACUAACUCAUAUCCGGGUCAUAGCACCAUUAAGAACCCCCGGAGUUAACCACCUGGGAGCUUUUUACUCCUAAGUCAGUAGCCUUCCUCAGACAGUCCAAGAGGUCUGUGCACCCCAAGACAAGAAAAGUCAGAACCAGGCAGGGAGGUCUGAGGAGCAAGCUUACGGGAAGUGGGUGACCUUUGUGCCAGGGUGACCUCUGGACUUUUUGCCAGUGGUUCCUAUUCCUCUGAUUGCCGGGCACAGAGGCUGCUGAUGCAAUAGCUUUGUCAUAGGUGAGAGAGACCGGGGCUGCGGCCUUAGAGAUGAAGUUCCCAGUCUUCCCCCGGACUCACAAGUGUGGAUGGCGAGUCACCCUGGUAGCCAAGGAAGAGCUCGCGUGCUCUCUCUCCUGGGAUGGGCUGGUUUCGCGGAACUUGAAGAGGCUUCCUGUAAGCUGGCUGAACACCAUUCGAGAAUUAGUUAGGGACAUUCCUGAGGGACAGAGCCAUCAUUGUGAUGAAAGCCUAAGAUGUUUGGGAACUGUCCUUAACUGGAUUGCUAUGGGGAGCAGAGGGAGGGUCCAAAACCAAACAAGAAGGUCACAUGCUGGACACCAGUGCAGUCCAGUGAUUUCAACAGAAGCAACUUGCAAACUUCAAUAUAAAGAGCCAAGAUCUCUCGUCUGCUCCAUCCACCCCGGACGCCUGGCAUUUGAAGAGAGCCAUCGCUUGAGAGUCUACGGAUGAUUUUUCCGCUGUGACACAGGAGAGUCUCUCUGCUGCAUUGGCACUACUGCUUUCUGAUUUAUUUUCUCUCUUUGAGCCGGGUCUUGCCCCAUUCCGCUGCCAUGAUGGCCCAGUCCAAGGCCAACGGCUCACACUAUGCACUGACGGCCAUCGGCCUGGGGAUGCUGGUCCUUGGGGUCAUCAUGGCCAUGUGGAACCUGGUUCCUGGUUUCAGCCCCGCGGAUAAGCCGACGUCUCAGGGCAACAAGACAGAGGGAGGUGGCGGCAUCCUCAAGAGCAAGACGUUUUCGGUGGCGUACGUGCUGGUCGGGGCUGGCGUGCUGUUGCUGCUGCUCUCCAUCUGCCUGAGCAUCCGGGACAAGAGGAAGCUUCGGCAGAGUGAGGAGCUGGCUCAGAUUCAGCAGCAGGCGGGAACCAUGCCCCCCUCCCAAGAGGAAGACAGCCAGGAGGAAGAGGAGGAGGCCUCCUCACGGUACUACGUACCGAGCUACGAGGAAGUGAUGAACACGGGCUACCCGGAAACCAGGGGGCAGGAGCAGAACCCAAGACUGAGCAUCUCUCUCCCCUCCUAUGAGUCGUUAACCGGGCUGGACGAGGCAACCCCUACCAGCACCAGGGCGGAGACAGAGACCAGCCCAGGGCAUGCUCCGGACAGGCAAAACUCCAAGCUGGCCAAACGCCUGAAGCCACUCAAAGUUCGAAGGAUUAAAUCGGAAAAGCUUCACCUCAAAGACUUCAGGAUCACCCUCCCGGACAAGAACAUUCCCCCUCCUUCUAUCGAGCCUUUGACUCCUCCGCCACUGUACGAUGAGGUCCAGGCAAAGGCGCCCGAUGCCCGGCCACCCGACUGAAGGACUUUGACUACACUCCCUCCUGUCUCACCCUCCACACCAACAGAUUUCGCCAAAGCCACUUCAGCCCCAAUCAAGGGGUCAAGGCACACUUAGCCACUGUGAUGGGGAUUGUGGGUAGAGGGAGUUACUAAGAACGGUUCACAGAGCCCCGCCGAGUAGGGCCAUCAGAAGGAUGCUGGGGGUUUGCGAUGCUCUGAACCAUAGCAAGGGGUGUGGCCUCGGCAAGGGGUGUGGCCUUGGCAUCCCCGGCAUCUUCCUCUCCCACUCGGGAUCAUUGCCCACACACCCCUCUCCUAAGCUGGGACAGGAUCCCUAGUGACUCGUUUAGACGGAGGUCGUCUCCUUUCCGCUCCGACCACAGUUGCUGUGUUUCAAAAAGAAACCGAGUUUUAUGCUUCCUUUCUUCACUGGACCCUUGAACCAGUGGAGAACAUGGUUCCGCUUUGACCAAAAGGACCUGUCUUGUGAAUAAAAUGACGGCCGUGUGGGGGUGAGCUGUGGGGGAAGUCCCUAGGGGGCCCUGGUGCUGCUGGUUCUUUGAAGGUCUAAGGCCUGAUGACCUUCAGCAUGGGACACAGAAGAUGAUUGUCUGGUUCGGUACACUGGUUUCCUGUGGGUAACGAAAGGCAAGAGAGGAAGUCGCUUCUCCAUGUCUUCUCCAACGCCAUGCGGUUGGGCAUUUUAUAAUAAAGGGUUUUAUAUGUAGCA